UUAAUUAGAAGCUCUUAUAAUAUUUGUGGGUGGCCAUGGCUGAUCAUCUUUUCAAGCACUUGGCGGUGGCUAAGUUCAAAGAAGGAAUAGUGGUGGAGGAGAUUUUGAGUGGACUGGAGAAGCUUGUUUCUGAUAUUGAUGCUGUCAUCUCCUUUGAAUGGGGAAUUGACAUUGAAAGCUUGGAAAUGCUAAGGCAAGGAUACACACAUGCCUUUGUGCUGACAUUCAAGAGCAAGGAUGACUACAAGUCCUACCUUGCCCAUCCCAAACAUGUUAAGUACACGACUAUAUUUUCCCAAGUCAUUGACAAGAUUGUCGUGCUUGAUUUCCCUGCCGUUCAAUCCAAGUCUCCACCAUGAUCGAUCCUCGACUGAUCAAGUAAUUACUAGAAGAAAGUUUGUGGAUGUUCAUGAUAUUGGAUGUAAUGUUGGUUUGG